AAAAUGAAAGCAAAAAAGACAAGUCAAGUAAAAAUGAUAGCAAAAUUGACAAAUCUAAUGAAAAGAAUCCUAAAGAGCCGGUGUUUUGGUCAUGUGGCACAGACCCACCAUUGACUUGGAGCUGCGACUCUGAUUUGAAAGAAACAUUCCAUACUCAUAUAUGCCCUGAAAACAAUGGAUGUUACGCCUACCACAAUGAGGGAAGGAAAACCACCAUGUGUAACAAGAAGUGUGAGGAAAAACAUAUGUUCAUAUGUCAGAAGCCAUGCGAUGAUAGGCAUUACAAGGACAACGUGUACCCAACCAAUUAACUAACCAUAGUUAGCAACAAGUCAACUGAGAACAACAAGCUACCUACUCAAGAACAAAUUAACCAGCAACAAGAACAAAUUAACCAGCAACAAGAACAAAUUAACCAGCAACAAGAACAUCUUUAUUGACUUUGACUUGACCUGCAUGUAUAAAAUAUGGUGGCAUUAUUGCAAAUACAU